AUGGCUGCCACACGCCGCUGUCUCUCUCUGCUGCUCCUGUCCACAUGCGUGGCUCUGUUGCUGCAGCCACCACUGGGUGCCCAGGGAUCCCCGCUGGAGCCAGUGUACCCGGGGGACAAUGCCACGCCAGAGGAGAUGGCCCAAUAUGCGGCUGAGCUCCGCAGAUACAUCAACAUGCUGACCAGGCCCAGGUAUGGGAAAAGAGACAAAGAAGACACGCUGGAGUUCUUGGAGUGGGGCUCCCCCGACGCACCUGGCCCCAGGGAGCUCAGCCCGAUGGAUUUGUAA